AGAAACCAGCCAGUAAUAGCCACCUUUCCCUUUCAUUUUUUCCCCUAAACAACGCCAAUGUAUAUCUAAACACAUCAAUAAAUAACGCCACCAUUGUUGUCUCACAGUAAAGAUCAAAUCUUUAUAUGAUAUCCUAUCGACCAUCUUCGUCUUCUUCAUUCCAUUUUCUCUGUUGGUCUUGCUGACUCCUUCCUUCUAGGAGAAACAGACGAACGCCCGAAACCCCCACCGAGAAAAUUACCGGCUCCUGCAUUGUCUCUGUUUCUGCGACACGCAUGCUCCACGUUUUAGAUCUGGAAAACCCACAAUCAAAUCAAUCGUCCGUUUUAUUCUUCUGGGUGUCUUUUCACUUUUCUUUCUCUACUGUUAUUUAAGUGAAAGACUGAAGUCCUGGAGUCCCUAACAGAGCAAUCGCAGUCCUUAAAACCCACCCCGACCGCCACCGGGAACGGACAGAUCCGGUACCGGUCGCCUUCCUCCGCUGAGCUUCUGGAGUCGGGUCCCGCUUCUGCUUCCUCCGGUGCCACGUCUCCCACUUCCGAUCAGCAGCAACAGUACCUCCUCAUCGACGGCAAGAUGAUUAAACGACCUAUGGGGAGACAUGAGUCCCUUUCCGACAAGAUCCACAAGUAUCGAGGGGUUCUCGUGGUUGUGUCUGUGCCCAUCCUACUCAUUAUGUUCGUGCUCUUCCUUAUGCCCAACAGCUCCUCGUCUGAUGCGGUGAUUGAAGAGUACGAGAUUAACAGCCGGAAAGUAUCGCCCAAUUCUAGGAGUCCCAAGAGCUAUGCUGUCAUCUUUGAUGCCGGAAGUUCGGGUAGUCGGGUGCAUGUCUUCUGUUUUGAUCAGAAUUUGGAUCUUGUUCCUAUCGGCAAAGAUCUCGAGCUUUUCGUGCAGAUAAAACCAGGUUUGAGUGCCUAUGCAAAUGAUCCAAGGGAAGCAGCCAACUCGUUAGCAUCACUUCUUGAUAAAGCAGAAAGUGUUGUGCCCCAUGACUUGAGGUCCAAGACACCUGUCAGAGUUGGGGCGACUGCAGGAUUGAGGGCAUUAGGUGCUGAGACAUCUGAGAAAAUCUUGGAAGCGGUCAGGGACCUUCUGAAAGACAGGAGCACCCUGAAACUUGAAUCCGACGUGGUAACUGUUCUGGAUGGCACUCAAGAAGGUUCUUAUGAGUGGGUGACAAUUAACUUUCUUUUAGGGAAUCUGGGAAAAAAAUAUUCAAAUACAGUUGGAGUGGUUGAUCUUGGAGGGGGUUCUGUUCAAAUGGCUUAUGCUAUCUCAGAGGCAGAUGCUGCAAAAGCUCCAAAAGUACACAAUGGAGAGGAUGCAUAUGUUAGGGAAAUGCGUCUGAAGGGAAGAGAUUAUUAUCUAUAUGUUCACAGCUACCUGAGCUAUGGUUUACUAGCAGCUCGAGUAGAAAUCUUGAAGGCUUCUGAUUCCUCUGGCAACCCAUGUAUCUUGGCUGGUUAUGAUGGUUCCUACAAAUAUGGAGGAAAAGAAUAUAAAGCCAGGGCUUCUCCGUCUGGCACGAGUGUGGAUGAAUGCAGGAGGGUAGCUAUCAAUGCUCUCAAAGUUAAUGAAUCUACAUGUACGCACAUGAAGUGCACAUUCGGCGGAGUGUGGAUGGUGGAGGGGGGUGAUGGACAGAAACAUCUAUUUGUUGCUUCAUUUUUCUUUGACAGGGCUGCUGAGAAUCUGAUAUGUUCAUGUUCCUUUCUGGUGGUUCUUGUGGAAGGACUUGAUCCAUGGCAAGAGAUUACACUGGUGAAGAAAGUUCCAUACAAUAAAUUCUUUGCUGAAGCUGCAUGGCCGCUGGGCAGCGCCAUAGAGGCUGUAUCUUCAUGAAUGCAAAAUUGAACGAAUGUAACAACUGCAGUUUUCAAGCGAAGCCCUAGUGGUAAUAACAUUUGAGAGGUCAAUACUUGCAUGAACCCGGAAGCACCCAAGAUAUGCUUGACAUCGUCGGAAUAAUGAGAGGAAGUAAUUCGAUUUAUGUUCAUUGUAAUUAUGUUUUCAAAAUGCUGCUCCAAUUUAUAAUUUUGACAGAGUGACUUUAGUUAUUCUUCAAUUAGUCAUUGAGAGCAGACAGAACAACACUAUUACAUUUUGUUUUACUUCUAUAAUUCUUUUUGGUCUGCAUUAUCUCUGUUACUUUGAAAAGAAAAAUCUUCGUAAGAGAUAGACAUUCUUUAUCAAUUAUC